UUUUAUAACUCCAGUCAAUACUAUACUAGUAAUUAUCAAUGGGAAACAGGCCAGAAAAAGGUGUUGUUUUACGAGUGUUGAUAUUGUUUUCAUAGUAAUGGCAAAAUAUCAUCAUGGGAAAAAGAUAAUGAGCCGUGAUUGUUUGCUCGGUGAAUUUCAAUGACGAGGAAAUGGAUAUAUAGGGAAUGAAUGGUGAACUCUUGAAGGAAAUGUAUUUUAAUCAAAAUAUACAAUCAACCAUUUCCAGGAUGUAUACAAGAAAAUAGUUAGAUCUAUGAUACUCAUCUAAAGCCAGUAUAUACAUGUGUGUAAUGCGGUUGAGGAAGAUCAAAGAAGGAAUAGUUCUUGUAAAUUUGAUGGAAAUUAAUUUUUAUUCAAAUUUCUGUGCAAGAUAUAUUGCAUAAUAGUAUUAUACUGUGAGUGCUUAAAUGUUGACCAAUGCUUAUUGUUGAAAAAACUUUAUGUCAGUUUAGAGACAACAAACAAGCGCAAUCAAAGAAAAAAUUCAAAGUCUAGACGAAAUACAAAACAAUAACCUUGUCAGAUUUGCAAAAAAGUGUGAUAUUAGCAAUAAACAGGUGCUGAAACGUUGAAGGUAGCAAUUUGAUCUAUUUAAUGCAUUUAUUGUGUUGAUUUGAUAACGAGAAACAGGGAAUUUCACAGAAAGAAAAUGUUGAAAUUUGACAAAAAGGUCUGCCUAACAAGUAGCAGACAAAUAUUAUAGAAUAAAAAAGACAAGACACAAGAGAAAUCACUGACAAAAUGUUGACGUUUAAAUAAAAGGUCUGUUAAAAAACAAGAAGGCAAUAAAUGUAGCAUUUUAAUGAAUGCCAAACAUUAAUAAAUUUAAUUGACACAAAAAUAUAAAAACAUGUUCAAGACACGUCUUGACUGCGUGAGAAAAAAAAGAAACAAGAAUAUCACAAUUUUUACUUUUGAAAUUUGUAAGCAUUUUUUUUUAACAACUAGAUAAAAAUGAAUGAGGAUAAUUGAUUGGACACAAUCAAUUAAAAAAUGUCAGUAGACAGGUUCAAGGCACUUGUGACUGGAGAGCGCAAACUGAGUCAAUCGUUGACGAAUAUUCCGAAAGUGUUGGUGACAGAUGCUGGACAUCGCCGCCAUGUGUUGGAUCAUGAGGAGGAAGGGCGCAGCCAUUCCCAACCAUGUUCACCGAUCGUGAAACGUAGGGCCUUCACCACCUGCAUUGCAGGAACGCGGUAUCUUAUAGUGGCCAACCCACCGGAAAAAGCAAAGGAUGACAGCACGUUACAGUCUCGCAACGGCCAACUCGAUCAUGAAACACUAAGUAAAGGUACUGGAUCAUUGACUGUGUUACGAAGGUCAAACUCUCGCACCAAGGUUGUUUCCAACAACAGCAGUCGUACUUCGAGCGUAGCGUCCCUUGAGAGUGAUUCCUACGCCACCGUUGACCUUGGCACUGACAAACUUCCACCAGUCGACGUGCCAGAAGCCUCGCAUGUUUGCUCACUCAGACUUAAACAUAUAGUACGAAAAUUACAAAAAGAGGAAAUCUCAAAAGAAGAUUUGUUGAAAAACCUUGAAUAUGCAGCACAAGUCCUUGAAACUGUAUAUAUUGAUGAAACCAGACGUCUUUGCGAUGAGGAAGAUGAACUCAGCGAAGUGGAACCGGACGCGGUGCCGACCGAGGUGCGGGAUUGGCUAGCGUUGACAUUCACGCGGUCGAUGAGCAAUAUCAAACGUCGCGGUGAGGACAAACCUAAGUUUCGCAGCGUGGCAAACGCGAUACGAGCAGGAAUUAUGGUCGACAGGUUAUAUACAGAAAGAAUAUACCGACGUUUGUCCAGUUCUACAGGGCUUAAUGUACCCCCUCACGUUCUACUAAUUUUAAAGCACCUUGACGACUGGUCUUUCAACGUAUUCAGUGUGAACAGUGCCUCAGACGGUCAUGCCCUGAAAUAUGUGGGCUACGAGUUGUUGCAAAAAUAUGACUUGAUUGCAAAGUUCAAAAUAAACAAUACAGUGCUUGAUAGUUUCUUGCUCGCGCUGGAGGCCGGAUACAGCAAGUACAAGAACCCGUACCACAAUCUUGUUCACGGCGGGGAUGUUGCUCAGACAGUUCACACCAUCUUGACCCAAAGCAAACUCGUGAACUGGUUGACAGAUCUGGAGAUGUUUGCGACAAUAGUGGCAGCUUUAAUACACGACUUUGAACACACCGGCACCACCAACAAUUUUCACAUUCAGACCUCGUCUGACGUGGCACUGCUGUACAACGACCGUGCCGUGCUGGAGAACCAUCACAUCAGCUCUGGAUUCCGCGUGAUGCGAGAUGAGGAAAGCAACAUCAUUAACAACCUCAGCAAAGAAGAGUACAGAGAGUUCCGAAACCUUGUUAUUGACAUGGUGCUAGCUACUGACAUGUCCUACCAUUUCCAGCAGAUCAAAAACAUGAAAAAUCUGCUUAGUAUGCCAGAAAACAUAGACAAGUCCAAGGCGCUGUCUUUGGUGCUGCACUGCGCGGACAUCAGCCACCCGGCUAAAGACUGGGAGAUCCACAAGCGAUGGACCGACCUCCUGCUUGAAGAAUUCUUCAGACAGGGCGAUCGCGAGCAAGAACUUGGACUUCCAUUUUCUCCUCUCUGUGAUAGAAAAAAUACUCUGGUGGCAGAAUCACAAAUAGUGUCGGAAUCACAAAUAGGCUUCAUAGACUUCAUAGUGGAGCCCAGUUUCACGGUGAUGGGUGACAUGCUGGAUAAGAUCGUCACGCCGCUGCGCAACCCGUCCCAGGUGAGCGUCCACGACGAGACCAUCUCCGAAGAAGUGUUCGACAAGGAGAAGACCGUCUCUGGCUCUUCCAGAAGCUCGUCUGCAAAAUCUACCAGCUCUGUAGUUGGCCGUCCCUGGCAAGAAUGCCUCACUAGAAACAAAACGCAGUGGAAAGGAAUUGCUUUAAAAGAUGCAGAACAGAGAAAGCGGGAUCAAGGUGAAGGACAUAAACUCGACGCAAAACCAGCCGUUGAAGAGAAAAAGGCGACAGAAGAAAAAUCACUGCCAGAACCCUCCAAAACCCCCGACAAUUCGGAGAAACCAAACGAAAAUAAGCUGCCAGAAGAAAAACCAGAAGCUCAGAAACCUAAAGGAGUCUCCAGACAGACGUCCACAUCGGGCCUAGAACACUUGUCCCGUAUGACCUCGAGUUUUCAUGACAGGGUGACACGUCAUACCUCAACAUCGGGUCUACCGUGCUUGUCACGCCAGACAUCUACUAGCGGACUGCUCGACAACUUGAACUACGGAAGCAAAUACGAGCAGGUAUCCCUCGGUCAAAGACAAAAGGGGGGUCCUAGGGUUUAUGUUCUUGCCAAAGACAGGACGAAGUUUGCUCAGUCAACGGUAUCGAUGAAAAGGCAGACUUCUUCGACGUCAACACUGGAAAUUGAAGACAGUGAGGAUAUGAUGGAAGAAGUGAAUAUAAACCCUGACUCUUCAUCAGGGAGUGACCUGGAUGCUGAACAUAUGUGCUAAAAUGAAACGCAUGGAAAACUGGGCAUAACUCAUGUGCGUAAAGUUUUGUGCUAGAUUAUCCUGUACACUGAAUGUUGUUUAGAAGAAACCUUUAACAAAACAUUCCAUUAAAGCGGAAAGUGUUGUCCCUGAUUUGCUUGUGCAAGAUGCAUAGACUAAUCUGGUUUGACACUUAUCGCUCAUGCAUUAAGCCCAGUUAUCUCAAAAUGAAUUCAUCUUAAAAACUGCUCGCAUUUAAUACCGGAAAUAUGGGCAAUGGCCAUUUACUCAUUUGCAAUGGAACAAUUGGUCUGAAGAAUUGUUUAUACAAUUAAACUUGCUCAUAUUACAUAAACGUGGAUACAAAAAGAUAUAAGGUUGCACACACAAAUAGUUGAUUUGAAUUUUUUUUGCAAGCAAUCCAGAGCAAAGUAUUGAAUGGUUUUAAGUAGUAUUAUUACAAAGAACAACUCCCUCCAUCUUGUCAUACAUGCAUUGUCAUUUUAUUACAUUCUCUAAUUUAUAUUAGACUUGCAUAAUGUAAUUGAUUUGCUUUACAAAUUGACUAUGUAAAUAAUAAAUAAUAUAUGUUAACAAAUAUAUAGUAUUGCCUGUAAAAGCUGGCCACAUAAUAAUAUUAUUGUCCCCUACCGAUUUCACCAGAGGGGACUUAUGGUUUUCGCUCUGUGAGUCUGUCUGUCUGUCACACUUUUCUGGAUCCUGCGAUAACUUUAAAAGUUCUUCAUAUUUUUUUCAUGAAACUUGAGACAUGGAUAGAUGGCAAUAUGGACAUUAUGCACGUCAUUUCAUUGUGUUCCUGCGUUAAAAAUUAUGGUUGCUAUGGCAACAAAUGGACUAGAAAUACUCCUGAAAAUGGUGGUUUUCUGGAUCCUGCAAUAACUUAAAAAGUUCUUCAUAUUUUUUCAUGAAACUUGAAACAUUGAUAGAUGGCAAUAUGAACAUUAUGCACGUAAUUUCAUUUUGUUCCUAUGUCAAAAAUUCUGGUUGCUAUGGAAACAAAUAUAUACAAAAAUCUGACAAUGGUGGAAUUUCUGACAAUGGUGGAGCCGGUAGGGGACUUAUAUUGCUUGGCAAUAGUCUUGUUAUAAUAUAUAUAUUAUAAUUUAGAUGUUAUUGGAGUCGUUCAAAUGAAAUAUUAGUUUAAUAUUGUGCAAUGUUUUGAUGCAUAUGUAUAUAUAUGAUAAUGACAAUUUGAAAAACAAAUGUAAGUAAAAAAAAAAUCGAACUUAAGGUAGCUAUAAUGUUUAUGUCUAAUAUGCCCUGUAUGUCCUUAAUUCUUUUUACACAUAAAGAACUGUUAAAUAUAUUUGUUUCAAACAUAUUAUUUUUAAGACCGAAUGCUAUUUUCAAUAAAGUCAGUAGUGGUAUUUCGAUAUUGGCAAGUCUCUUUCGGAAAAUUAAAAAAAUUGCAAAGUUUGCCUGGAAAAAAAAUGUGGCUCGCAGUUUAUGAAUAUAUAACAGAUCUGGUGGUUAUGUUUAUAUUAUGAAUGAAUAAUAAUAAAGUGUUUCUUGCUAAUUAAUUUUAAUUGAAAUCCAAUGUGAGAAUAGUGCAGUUGAUCAACUUGUUAAAUGCAUGCAGUCAAUUUCAGAUGCACAUGGUAAACAAUUUCAAAUAUACAUUCACAAAAACAUCAAUGAAUUCAUGGUAUUUAACUUAAAAUGAGGAAAACCUGAUUUUUAUUUUAUGUUACAUGUCUGGGAACAUGUGUUCUGUUUGCACGAGUUUUUACAUGUAAAUUAUUUUAUGAUAAUGUUAAUGUAUUGAAAUGUGUGAAAGAAUGUUGGCAGCAUUGCACAAAAUGUUUUAGAAAUGUAACUGCAUAUAUGUAUAUACUCUGUAAAUGUACAUGUGCAUAUAUAACUUAUUAGAACUGGAGUCCAUGCUUUUAUUAUACAUUCUUGUGGUUCACAGUGCAUUGUUAUUUAGAAAGUAUUAACAGAUCAUUCAUGGCAAU